CAACCAAGUCCUAGUCCAGUGUUGUCAAACUUUUUAUCGAGCAAGCUACAUAAGAAUUAGAAACGGACUAUUCUUCUUUUUUUUUUAAACAAAUCAAUCAAUUGAUUAUUUUUCUUGUUACCAUAAGGGCUGUUAUUGUAAUCUAGCACAGGCAAAAAAAAAGCAAACAGUUUACUGAUUAAAUAUUUGCAUAUGCUCUGACUACCCACCUUAAACUUAAAAAACACAUAAAUUAUCAUCAACCCUCAUUUGACAAAGUUAUAUCAUGUCCCAAUCAGAAGCUACCCAAGUCAAUCCAGAUGAUCUGCAGGAUCUCAAGAAUCGAAUGAAACUAAUUGCAGAUGCUGACCCUAAACAGUAUCAUAAUGAAUACUCUUUGAUUCGUUAUCUACGAGCUUUUAAAACCGCCGAUGCUGCAUUUCAGGCAAUUUUAAAAACCAACAAAUGGCGCGAAGAAUAUGGUGUCCAAUCCCUUGCCGAAAGUGAAGAUCUCAAAAAGUACAGCAACAAAGCGCGUGUUUUGCGUCACCGUGACUGUACUGGACGUCCAGUUAUUUAUAUUCCAGCGAAAAAUCACAAUUCAUCCGAUCGUGAUAUCGAUGAACUGACCAAAUUCAUUGUCCAUUGUUUAGAAGAAGCUGGCAAAAAAUGUUUCGAAGAAGUCACCGACAGUUUAUGCAUAGUCUUCGAUCUAGCUGAUUUCAGUACAUCCUGCAUGGACUAUCAGCUUAUCAAGAAUCUUAUCUGGUUGCUAAGCAAGCACUAUCCUGAACGUUUGGGUGUUUGUUUAAUCAUCAAUUCACCGGGAUUUUUCUCCACAAUAUGGCCAGUGAUUCGAAAUUGGCUCGAUGAGAAUACUGCCAAAAAAGUCAUUUUCGUAGAUAACGAAACAGAUUUGUGCAAGUAUCUUAUACCGGAUAUUUUGCCAACUGAUAUGUAAAAUUAUUAAGAUAUCAUUAUUAUUAUUGGAUUUUUUUUUUUAGCAAAAACACAAAAUAACCCACUCAUCAUCAAAAGAAAUGAUGUAAAUAAUAGAGACCUACAUUAAUGUACCUUAUUUAUAGAGCUGAAACUAAUAUAAUAAUAAUACAACAAAAAAUAUGUAUAUUUUAAGUUAUUGCAUAGUAAAUAUAAACAAAAAAAGCAACUUCCAUUUGGGAGUUAAUAUACAAAGCAAACAUUAAAAAUUUCCAUUAAAACACUAUUUUUUCUUCUUUUUGUUGUUGUUUAUAAUAAUUGUUUUAUGUUAACGUUUUAUUGAUGUCACUAGUUUAUAAAAUUAGUAUAUAAAUGUCAUUAACAAAAAUUUGCAGUCAAAUUAUUUUCUAUUACGAAAUACAUAUGAACAUACAUACACAUAAAUAUAUAUACGAGUACAUACAAAUUGUAUUUUAUAUUCUAUAAAAAAAUAUUGAAAGUGAAAACAAUGAACUUGUUAUUGGAUUAGAGUAUUGCAUUUCUUUACUUAAAGCUUUCGCUUGAAAAGCAUACAUACUACAUACAUUGCAUAUAUAAUUUGAAAAUAGUAAAAAUUAUAAAAAAAAAGAGACUAGAAGAUAGAAUAUAAUUAAUAAAAUAGCAACAAUUGAUAUGUGUGUGAGUUAUGUAAUUACGAAAAAAAUACUUGUGUAUAAAGAAAAACUAAUAAAACAUAGUUUAACUGAAAUA